AUGUCUUUUGCUUCAUUGCUGAGAUGCAAAUAUAUCCGACCGCCCAGGAUGGACCCCUUAACAUAUGAACUAGAACAUGCAGUCAAAGAUGAUUACCAAAUGGCCCUUAUAACCGCAGGAUUUGAAAACGAGUAUAACCAAAUUCAUGCGCACACAUCACAGCUUUUAAAUGCUGAGCGUGACCGAGCACAUUGCAUAGAGCAACUACUUCUUCGCAUUGAAAAUGAAAGCUUGCAACUGCAAGUACAUCAGACAGAAAAGGAAUUAAUCCAGGCUAGAGAGACAGAAUCUAACACGCGUCUCCAACUUGGUAGUGCUCUGAGAGAACUUGAUUCUUUACAGGAUAUCUCCCAGGCAUCAUUACGCGAAAUAGAAAAUCUUCGCCAUGAACUUGCAUUAUCGAACACAGUUGCUUGUGAUUCCCAGAAAUUACAAGCAGAAAAAGUUCGCCUAUCUAAAGAAGUGUCAAUAAUACAGUCUGAACUUGAGAAACUCAGGUCUCAUAAUACUUCCGCCAAUACCCUCCUUGCAGAAAAACAGGCCGCUACUCGACAAUUAAAUGCUCUUGAGAUACAGCUCGAGGAUGAGAAGCGUGCACAUGAGCGUACCCUAGCCAAACAACUGCAGCAGACAAGGGAGAUUUCAGGGAUUAGUUCAAAACUUGAAGAAGCACGACAAGAACUAGAAUUGGAGCGCCGCCAAAACCCAGACAACACCAAUCAGAAGCGCCGUGCAACACGAUCUCCUCAACCACCACUUGCAGGUAGAAAUGGAGGCACUAAUAAGAGAUUUGGGAUCGCGAAAGACCGCGAUCAAGAAGACACCCCGGUUCCCCAACAAGCAGCCGCUUGGGGUAGCACAACAACCAAAGUUCCCACUGAAAGACCUAGUGAAGCCGAGCUCCAAAAGCUUUCGAGUCACUUGCACCCAGACCUGAUAAUUGCAACCCCUGGGGCUGUUCGUGCACGGGAUCAGCAGAGGAAAUUUUCUACAUUGCCUGGUGACAAGUCCUCUUUUUCAAUAACGCCUUUUUUAAACCGCACAACUGGACUUGAUGAAUCUUCAACCGGCUCAGAGGAUGAACUGAAUGAAGUUAAUAGCUUUGUUCAUGUCGAUAAACCAUUUGACUCUCCUAGACACAACGAGCACAUUGCUAAUACGAUGACCGCACUCCCCAAACAAAAGCUAGCGGAUGCGAAACAGCCCCCCAAUCCCAGAAAGCAAGCGCCUACAAAGGCUGCAUUGGAAGGCGAUACGAAGAAGCAGAUGAUAUCAGAUAGUCCCGAUGGGGGUUACCAGGCUCCACUGCCUCGGCCGGUUGGUCAGAAGCAAGCCAUUUCCAAGAAACGAAAGCUAGGGGUUCAACGCGAUAGAAGCUUAUUUGAUGAAGACAAGAAUGAUAAAAUGUCCGAGACCAAGAAACCUGGAAGAAAACUUGUUGGCACCGGAUACACAGGCUUAGCCGGAAACCGCGUGUUCGCUGGACCCGUGGGAUUUUCACCUUUGAAACGAGAUAGAAGACGAUUUUAA